AUGUGCAUGAUGAAAACGGUGACCACGAGUAUGUCGUUGGCUGAAGAACUUGAACGAUUAUCUGGUGAAAAUGGAGCAAAAAAGGAGCUGAACGGUUGGCGACUCUCCAGUUCAGCUCCAGAACUUGGUGUGCAACGAGCUCGCUUGGUAUCAAAGGAUGGUAAAACUCUACUCAACAAUAUUCAAAUUCCGGAACGAUUUCGUCAAGCAUACAAAAACUGGUUUCACCUUAUCAUUGAAUGCAAUUGGAGGACAAUUUGCAUACUGUUUUUACUCGGCUUCAUUGUAUCGUGGACAAUUUUUGCAGUUAUCUACUACGUGAUAUCAAGGUUGAAGACGGUGAAAAAGGAUGAAUCAUGUAUUGCCAACGUUGACACGCUUAUUAGUGCUUUUUUGUUCAGUAUGGAAUCACAACAUACCAUCGGAUACGGACUGCGGUACAUGACGGAUUUAUGUCCACCUGCAUAUCUAACGCUUUGCGUACAAUGCGUCGUAGGAGUCUUUUUACAAACUAUCUUAGCGGGAAUCGUUAUUGCGAAAAUUUUAAGACCAAAAAAGCGGCGGCAGGAAAUGCGUUUCUCCAGAAUGGCAGUGAUUGGGCCCUUAGAUGAACACGAUAAACGGCCUACACUUAUGAUCAGGCUUGCUGAUAUUCAAGAAAAAUUGUUUUUAGCCGAGUCUCACGUUCGACUUUACAUGGCUUGUUCGAAAAUUAACAGUAGAGGUGAUCGAGAAUUAAUUGGUGUUAAGGAUAUGAACGUUGGUUAUGAUAGUGGAUGGGAUCGUGUAUUACUACUCUGGCCCAUUAUUGUCCGUCAUGUUAUAAAUGAAGACAGUCCACUUUAUGGAAUGUCACGAGAAAAUAUUGUGAAAGCCGAUUUUGAAUUAAUAAUGACAGUCGAAGGAAUAGUCGAAGCAACAGGAAUGACGUUUCAAGCAAGGACGUCAUUUUUACCCGACGAAAUUUUAUGGGGUUACAAAUUCAAACCGAUGGUGUUGAUGAACGAGAAGCUAUCCAAGUAUGAAGUACACUACUCAUUUUUUGACCAGACUGAAAGAGUCUGCGAUUUUGAUGCGCAAACUAUCGAAACCGAAGAAACAGAAGACGAGCAUCAUCAUAAUGCAUCUGGUUUCCUAUAGACUUUUGUUUGUUUUCAAAUGCAUUUUAUUAAUCCGAAUUCCUUUUCUUUUCCAAUUUUUAAACUUUUCAUUAGUUCAAACAAUUUCUAAUGUGAUACUAUUCCAAUUCAUCAGCCUUUUUAGUGCCCAACUUCCUUGUAGUUUUUUUGGUUGUGAUUUUCAAACUUCUCACGUGUUAUAGUUUCCCACCCAAAGUUUUGCCCAUCCGGUGUAUAAAGAAUUUUUACUCUGUUUUUAUCGCCCCCGUAUGAAUUCAUUUAAAAGUUUAUACUUCUGAACCUAAAUUGUAUUCAAAACAAUUUAUGUUCAGUUGUAUUUCUUACCAACAUGAAGUUUUAAUAAGUAUACAUUCGCGGGUCUGUUCACUUCCAGAACCAAAUGUUUCUGACUUAGAGACUACUUCAUUUUAAUAAGCAUUAACAUUAUUGUGUAUUUAUUUUUCUGAUAAUGUGUAUUAUACAUUUGAUAUGAGUAUAUGAAAGAUUUCUAACCACA